UACUCUCGCUUCAGUCUCUUAUCUGGAUAUUGGUCUUUUCAUAGGUUUAAUAUCUUCCGGUCGCUACCUUUUUGCCGCUCCACCUCGUCGCCGCCACGUCGAGCGCUCGCGAUGCGUAUGCGAUAGUGUCGUAUUCCCAUCCGCCUUGAACCAGACGAGCCAAUCUACGUUUUCCCAUAUCAUGUCGACGAAAAUGAACCUUCGAGAUAGAAGCCCCAUGAGUUCAUCGUGGGUUUGGAAGAAAAAGCUGCCUCGCUUUCUCGCCGCCGCCUGUUUGAUCGGCACACUCCUUUUCUUCAUCGGUCCACGGAUCAACCACCAUAAAUUGGAGGAGGAUAUAGUGCAGGCGGCUUCAGAUACUGCCAAAACCGUUGCCGAUAUCACCGCACAGCCGCCUCCUGCAGAAAACAUCACGGUUACUUCGAAGGUCGGGUGCGAGCCCGAUCUCGAUGUUCUAGAACGCCUUGGCGUUAAGAAGUUGUCUAAGUAUGUGCGUCGGGAAGUGAUCGCAGUGCAGGCGCCGAUGAACCCGCCCUUAACGCAAGUUCUUGAGACUCCUUUGUUCGAUAAGCAUUCGAUCGGCUGGAGGGCGCCCGAGAACGCGGAGCCAUUGCAGAGCGACUGCUCGAUUGCCACCCCGCUCACCUUACAAGUCCCGCGCCCUGUUGAACACAUUGACGCCUCGCACUUCGAUUUCGGUGUCGCCACUACGUUGGACAGGUUGAACGAGUCUCUAGAUGCCUUUACUCACUGGGCCGGUAAUACCGGAGUCCGCAUCUUCGCACUGAUUGAGCCAGAUCGGCGGGUGCCCGAGGUCCUUGCCAAGGCUGAACGGCUCGGGAUUCAACUGUUCGUGACAGAGAGCGGCGAGGAAUACCAGACUCGGUAUUUCUCGCUGGUUUCGCACUUGGCUCACAACCUGCGGGAGGAGACACGUUGGUCUUGCAUCAUUGAUGAUGACACAUUUUUCCUCUCGAUCUCCGCUCUAGUGGAGGCUUUUGAGCACUACGAUCACACCCAGCAAAUGUAUGUCGGCGGAGUGUCGGAAAGCGUGGCGCAAAUCGGAUUAUUUGGGCUCAUGGGAUUCGGAGGCGCUGGCGUUUUCCUAUCUCGGCCUUUGAUCGAGCAGCUCAGCAAACCCGAGGUUUUCGACGCUUGCCAGCAAAUGGUGUACACGGGCGAUCGCCGGAUUUCCCUGUGCGUGUAUCAGUACUCAGACGCAUCUUUGACCAUCGACCACCGACUGCGGCAACUGGAUUUCCGCGGCGACGCCUCUGGGUUCUUCGAAGCGGCCAGGCCGCUACCCCUGUCUGUCCACCACUGGAAGAGCUGGUUCCACACCGAUAUGACCAAACUAAGCCAAGUCAGUGAAGUAUGCGGCGACUCCUGUCUUCUGCGCAAAUUCCGCUUUGCCGACGGCUGGACCCUGACCAACGGUUUUUCGAUCAUUAAGUACAGCAAAGAACUCAGCCUGGAUGAUCACUCAAUGGAGUUGACCUGGGAUGGAGACCACGGCGCCAACCGUGAAGCCUUCAUGCAUGAACUCGGGCCCUUGCGCGAGAAAGACGAUGGAAAAGUCAGCUAUCUAAUGGCCGACUCAGUCACAGACGGCAACCAAGUUCGCCAAUGGUACAUCCGCCGUGAUGAGUCCAACGGCGAUGCAGUUUUCGAAUUGACCUGGCGAAGGCAGUAGAUCAAGUAUAUCUGGUCUCAUUUCAUUCCCAUUUCUUUCACUAUCGCAUCACGCCAUACCCUUUUUGCGAAGACAUAUCACCGUCUCGCAUCGCAUGCAUUAAUAAAUACAUUUAUAGACUACUGCCUCACUGUCUCCGCACUGUCUUUGCAUCCCCCAGAGGGCUAAUGCCACCGCACCAGACUUAGAUCAUGACUUUUCUGUUCCAUUUCCAUGUUCCGAUGAUACCGCAGCUUUCUGUUCCGUCCGUGUUCUGUCUUGUCUAUUUCGCUUCGUUGUACCUAUAUUCAGCUGAGCUGCUACUGUCCCGCUGCACAGAACGACCAAAACAGACGCUGGGUUUCGUCUUUGUUGUCUUCCAUCACCUAACCUACCCCAUCCUACCUCAGUUAAUAUUCAGGGAAAGACUAUACUAUGCUUCGAUGAAUUC